AUGGAUAACAUCAUCAACGAUAUAAUAAUGGGAAAAGCGAGGACGGCAGGCGAUGGUAUGGAGUCUGAAGAAAAUGCAAUAGAGACAAAAGUUGUAAACAAACCUAUUUCCAAUGUGUCACACAAAAAAAAGGACUCUUUAUGCAAAGGUCGACUAAUUCAAGUCUAUGCUACCAAAACUUUUGUUGCUGAAAAGAAAAGUCAACACAUUUAUUCUAAAACACCCAAAUUUGUGCCUUAUGAACCAUAUCCAGCUGCAGUGAAGCCAAUAAAUCCAAAAUCUGUUUCGAAAACAACUAAAAAGUCUAGAAAUCAUAUGGAUUUAAAUACACUUGUGAACCAAAUGUCACAAAUGAAUACUAACCUUAAUGAAUUUAGACCUAGACUAAAACAUGCAACUUCAAGUAAUGAUAAAGUUGAGGAGAAGCCAGCUUAUACUGAUGAAAUGCAAAAAAAGGUUGAGGACUUAAUGAGAGAGAACGAAAGUUUAAGUGAACAGCUAAAACAACAAGUACAAGUAAACAAAGAAUUGAAAACUAUGCUUGUAGCAUCUAUGGGAGAAGAUCUUGAGACUCAAGUCCAGUCAUUAACAGAAGAUAAGAAACAUUUGGCUGAUGCAUUACUUAAUUCAGCCCAACAUCUGUCUACUCACCAAGAACAAACGGAAUGGCUUGCAGGUCAAUGUGAAGUAUGGAGAAGCAAAUUUUUAGCAAGCAGUUUGCUAAUUGAAGAAUUGGCCGCAUGCAAAAAGAUACUUAAUGAGAAAACUGUAAAUUUACAACAAGGAAUCAAACAAUUAUUGGAUGAAAGAUGCAGAAUUAGAGACAUGAUGCUCUGUACAUACAAAAAUCUAUACAGUUUACAUGAACAAUGGUUGGAAAAUAUUACUGUCUCUGAAUAUAUGGGAAGCAGUAAACUUUGUAAUCGGCCCAUUGGCAAUCUCAACUUCAAUGCUACAAUGCCACACUCAACGAAUGUCAUUGACAUGUCAUCAGUAAAUAUGAAGUUAUCGGAAAAUAUAAGCAGUGAUGUGUGCAAACAAGAUAUUGCACAUUUGGAUAAUUUGCCAUCUAUCACUGAUGGUGAGAAAUUUGCUGAACAGGUAAUGGCAAUGCCAGUGGAUAUAAAACAACUGAGUGAAGAGCCAGUGAAUGCAUUAGUACAGCAUGCAUAUACGAGUGGUGGUAACAUCGCGCCACCCGUCGCCUCUUGCGUUCAUUGCAAUGGAAAAGUGCAAUUAUUAUAA